GCCGCCUUUUUGUUGAACCUUCUGAUCGGUGGCGCUGUGAACACAUUCGGGGUCCUCUACGUCGCGUUACUGGAGUCCCACAAACAGGGCUCGGGGCCAACUGCCUGGGUGGGAUCAAUGGCUAAUGCCAUGGGAUUAUUGCUAGGCCCUCUAUCCAGCGCGUUGAGCUCGCGGUUCUCGUGCCGUUCUAUGGUGGUGGUGGGUGGGGUACUUAUUGCGGCUGGAUGGUGCAUCACGGGAUACAUGCCCCGGAUAGAGUACAUGUUCAUCACAUACGGGCUUCUGGCAGGUAUUGGAAAGUCCUUGGCGUAUACACCAAGCAUAGUGAUGGUUGGCAAAUGGUUCAACCGAAGGCGUUCAUUGGCAAACGGAAUAACCCUCUCUGGUGUCGGUGUCGGUACCUUCGCCUUCGCUCCGCUACUUGAAGCACUACUUACGAAAUACAGCUUUUCCGGCACGAUGCUGAUAAUGGGCGGAGUCAUGUUAAAUGUCAGCGUCUGUGGACUGUUUUUUCUUCCAGUUCCCUCCAAAAUUACGACAAGAAAGAAGCAAACGGUUUUAAUAAACGGUAAUUGUGAGGAAAUGUCAACCAAAAAAUGCGACGCUAACUCUAAUAAUUAUUUUCAACACGAACAAGCAAUGAACACAAACGGAAAUAUGAAGGACAGCAAUAGUAUUUCUAGUUCAAAAUCAGUUCCUGCCAAAGAGGCUAGUUAUGUGCCAGCAUCCAAAUUUGUCCUUAAAGAUUAUAUUGAUUACACACUUUUGAAAAACCUGUCUUUCAUUAGUGUUGGAAUCUCUGUUUUGCUCGCUCCUCUCGGCCAAUCACCUGCGUUCAUGAUGUUACCUUCCCUUGCUGCGCAAAACAACAUACCCGCCCAGAAAUCUGCCUUCCUGCUGUCAAUCACUGGAAUAGCCGAUAUUAUUGGUCGACUCACAUUUGGAGCGAUUUGUGACAUAACAUACCUGAGAAAUAACCGUAAAUACGUGUAUGUAGCUUCUAUUUUCAUAAGUGGCGUCGCCAGUGGUGUCUGCGGGUUUGCCCAUACGUACUGGCACUUCGCGACUUACGCCGUUGUGUUUGGCCUCUUUGGGGGUUCCUACCAUGCCUUGACCCCUGUGAUACUCGUGGACCUUUUAGGGGCCGAUAAACUGUCGAGCUCCUUUGGCAUCGCCCUUCUGUUCCAAGGAAUUGGCUAUCUAGUAGGACCUCCUCUUGCAGGCCUGAUCAGCGACGCCAUGGGUGGGUACCAGUCUGCGUUUUUCUUCGCCGGAAUAGCGUCAGUUCUCAGCUCCAUAAUCAUGAAUGUUCCCUCAAUAAAACCCUGCUGGGAUCGGUGUAUUAAGCAACAACACCUGAAAGUCACUGAGCAACAACGCGAGAACGUCAUAGUCGAUGCUCGAGAAAUCACAAAUACAAAUAUCGACGGAAACCCCGUUUGUAUUAGUUAUGUUAGUAACAGUGAAACGUUGAAAGGAUGCAGAUCGGUUACAUCUACAAACGGGCAUGACACGCUCGGUUAUGUAUAAAUGUGAAACAGAAUGAAAUAACAUCUGGAAAAUCGUCAUACAUACAUACAUGGUUUUGAUGCAUGUCUUUUAAAAGAUGAACGUCGUGAAAACAGUCGAACAAAAUAUAGCCCGAUGUGUAUACUUAGAAUGAUACCAAUACAGUUAAUAGUAAUACAUCAAGUCGGAAUUAUUUCAUUCUAGAUUGCAGUAUGUUGUUGUUGUUUUUUUUUUGGGGGGGGGGGGUUUAAAUAAUAUUUUUAUAUUGAUUUGUAUGUGUAUGAAUUAAAUUAUCCGGAUUCAU